AUGGUCGUCCACAUGGAGGAACGUCUGGAGGCUGUCAUUGAAGUUCAAAUAAAAAACGUCAAGGAGGAUGCUGAGUCCUCGACUUUAACCGAGUGGUUACAGUGUUCAUUUCGUCAAGAUUUGCCCCAGUGUGAAGGGCCUGAAUUACCUUGCUCCGGGCUGGAUGACAAUCCAAGUCUAUCGUACUCAAGGUUAACAGGAGAUGAUACACCACAUGGCACCAGGCUGCCUGAAGGUAACUACACAUUAGACUCAGGGCACCUUGACCAAGUGACCGAGGUUCACUCACAGAAUGCCAGUUGUGGUUCAGCAUCUAGUAAUUACAACGCACAACACCAAUUCCUUCCUUAUUUGAGAGGACAGGGCAACGCCACAGAACUUUUACCAUAUUCUCGAGAGACUGAGAUGAGUAGUGGUGGCCACAACGAGGUACUAAAACCACUUCCGAUCAUGGGCGGAGAAUUCGGCGAGAGUGCCAGCGCGGGCUAUGCUCCAGAGGAGGAGAUCCUGAGGGGAGAUCUGGAUGGAGCAUCGGUGGAGUCAGCCUUCGAAGGAACAGAUGACAGCACUGGGCGAGGAGGCAGCGGCUGCACGGAGCUGUCACUCACACGUCGCCAUCCGUUACAAAGGAUGAGGACGCCAACCAGUAGCAGAGACCGCGGCCCCAAGAGCUGGGAGUUUCUGAUGAAUCUUUUGGCUGACAGCAGAUACAACCCUUCUCUCAUCAAGUGGGAUGACGAGCAGCGCUUCAUAUUCCGUCUGGUGAAGCCUUGCGAGGUCGCUGAGAUGUGGGCCUCCAGGAAGGGUCAGAACAAUGGCAUCGACAAAAACAACUUCGCUCGUAAUCUCAGGUACUUUUAUAAAGACGGAACUUUGCAGGCAGUCAAGGAGAAGCAAUACGUGUAUGGCUGUGGGACGAAAGCUAUUCAGUUUUACAAAAACUUGUUAUUCAGUGAAAGAUGAAUCUAGAAGAAGAAGAAGAACAACAACAACAACAACAACAACAAGGAAGAGGAGUAGUAGUAGACUGGUUCCGUAGUCAUUACUGGCCAAGCUAUUUUUGCUCUCAUGACGAGACCAGCUCCAGUUCAUGUGUUUCCAGAGGUCGUCUUUCACGACCGCAGUGCGUAGUACGUGGAAUUGUCGAGUUUAAAUCGCUAGAUAAAAUAACACCGCAGUUAGUAUUUAUCUUUUUAAAGUGCCGUGAACCAUUCUGACUCACUCAAAAUAAGUAGAGCAUUUCAAAUAACAAGGGAUCGUAUAGUCUAAAGGGAGCUGAAAAAUAGUAACGUAAUCGUAGCCUAAGUUCUACGUAUACUAAAUAACAUGUAAGACAUUGAUUACGAAUGGCGGACUCAUUAUUCCUAUCCAUUUCAGGCUAGUCUAACACGUGACUAAUUCUAAUAUGCCACUAUCAGCUGGUUAGAUCUUGUAUAUCGCAAAAAUCCUUAAAAUUCCACAAACCCCAACUAGUACACAGAUCACUGAUGUUGAUGUAACAACCAAUCCCAAUAAUCCUGGUCACGAUACCAUGUUCUUCUAACUCGCUUCGAAAUAAGUAGAGCAUUUCAAAUCACAAGGGAUCGUAUAGCCUAAAGUGAAUUAAAGCGUACUAACCUAAUCGUAGCCUAAGUUCUAUACAACAACACCUAGAUUACUUCGCUCAUUCUGAAUAACAUUUUAAGACACUGCAUUGCGUUGUGUACAUUAAUGAUUAUUUAAUUGAUAUGAACUUACUAUUAUCUUAAGACAGACUUGUUAUUCCUGGCCUGAAUUGUCUGAGAUCGGGAUUAAAAAUUCUCCUUAUUCUUAGGUAUGCUUAUCUCUUAAAAGAAUUUCCCGAAAUGAACUUUUUGAUAAGAAUACUAAAGUGGUUUAGGCUCGGGGACCCCAGUGACUCUCGGAGAUCGCAGGACAGCGUCUUGUCCGGAUGGCAUCUUAAUUAUGACUGCUUCUCGAUAGGAGCUGUAACAAGACUGCCUUCACGGUCGCAGUUAACCAUAGGUUGAUUGACUGUGUGUAUUAAAUCUGGCGUCACAACAUCUGGGUAAUUGACACCGAAAUAAAUUAAA